UAUAUCUUUGUAUCGCAUAAAAUCUACACUGACCAUUUUUACUAUUUGAAUCGUCUUGGAAGAGGUGGGUUCGGCGAAGUGCAUAGAGUUACGCAUAAAUCAAACAACAAGGUGUAUGCCAUUAAAAUGGUAAAUUACCCUGACACUGAUUCCGAUGAUAACAAACAGCGAGUGCUAAGAGAAGUGAAAAGUUUAUCUGAUUUGCGGUCAGAAUAUGUGGUCCAGUAUUACCACUCAUGGAUUGAAAACAAAUUUCUCUACAUUCAGAUGGAGUAUUGUCCGCAAAGUCUGCGGCAAGUGUUGGCCGACAAACGGCUAGCAUUUGGUAGACAAUCGGCGGCCGAACCCAUGAAUGCCAUCGAGUAUUACAUAUCGUGUGAAAUAUUUAAAGAGCUCUUAGAAUGUGUCGAUUAUUUACACCAGAGAAGUCCGCAGAUAAUACAUCGGGAUCUCAAACCUGAAAACAUACUGAUUGCCAGUCCAUUGAGUGGUAGUAAUAAUAGCCGGCGUUUCAUUAAAUUGGGUGACUUUGGUUUGGCCACUGUUCACGACCCGUACGUAAACCUUCAAACAGACCACAAACACACCCCAUGUGUGGGCACCCCCUGGUAUAGGGCGCCCGAAGUGGCCACUAAUAAGUAUAACAACAAAGCGGAUGUCUAUAGCCUGUCCAGAAUCGGUGCCGAGAUAUUUGAUCUCGAUCUAUUUGUCAGGUAA